CUCAGACUAAAGGCAUUCAAAUUUUCUUAUACGAUUACUUAUUGCGGUGUUUCGUGCAAAAAUGCAAAAAUGUUGAUUUUCGUCAAAUUAAUUGUUUUAUUGAGCCUUUUUGGUGAUGGAGUGAUCGGAAAAGUUAUGGCACCAAUUGGUGCAAUUUUCGACGAGAAUAACGUUAAUGCAGAGCUGGCCUUUCAAUCGGUUAUAUUUAGAGAGAAUAUGUACAACAAAGACGUAGAAUUCGUACCGAAAGUCGUCAAGGUUUCCGUCUCGGAUACAUUUUCCAUUGAAAAACAAGUUUGUGAGUUACUAUCAGAAGGUGUUGUCGCCAUAUUCGGACCGAAUGAUAGACUUUCUAAUGGCAUUGUUAGUUCGAUGUGCGACGUCUUUCACAUACCACAUUUUACGACGAAUUGGAUGGUAUCCGAGGACACAAUGUUUGACACACACAAAUUCACGAGAAAUUUUUUCCCGGAGAGUAACGCAUAUUCGAGAGCUUUGGCGGAAAUUGUGGUAAACUUCGGAUGGACCAGCUUUACCGUUUUAUAUGACAGCAAAGAGGGUCUAAUGAGAUUGCAAGAUAUUGUACAAAUCAAUGGGCCAGAUAAUCCACCAAUUACAGUACAAAAAUUGGAUGACAUCACCGAUUUUCGACCUCUGUUGAAAGACAUCCACAAAAACGGGGAAACACACAUCGUCAUCGAUUGUGACACCUCAAAGAUUAUAGAGAUUUUUCGACAGGCCAACGAAGUUAAAAUGAUGGAAGAGUAUCAAAAUUACUUCAUCACUACCACCGACGCUCAUAUGCUAGAUUUUUUUGAAUUGAAAUUCGUCCGUGCUAACAUCUCCACCAUUCGUCUUGUGGAUCCGAACAGUGUUGAAGCGACAAUAGCCGUUCAGGACUGGAACCAGAACAGUUUCAGAAGUCAAAGUUCUGUAGUGUAUUUGGCCGAGGAAAUUCAGACGGACGCAGCAUUGAUUCACGAUAGCGUUAAAAUGUUCGCUAAUGUUGCUACCGAAAUUGACGAACUGAAUCCGGUCCCACUCAGGUGUAACGGGAAAAAUUCUUGGUCUCAAGGGGAAGAUAUCAUGAAGGCAUUUGAUGAGAAAACCAACAACGGAAUAACGGGCCGCAUUUUGUUCGAUGAAGUUGGUCACAGAAGUCAUUUCACCAUGGAUGUGCUGGAGAUGUCAAAGACCGGAUUCCGAAAAAUAGCAUACUGGGACUCCACUCAAGGUGUCACAUUGACGAGAGACUUAAGUGAGGUAUACUCGAAGAUAUCCGAGUCACUUCACAAUAAAACGGUCAUUGUUGCUACCAUAUUCGGUAUGCCUUUCUUCAAAAACAGAACGGCUGAAGAGGGUGAAGUACUGGAAGGCAACGACCGCUACGAAGGCUAUUCCGUAGACUUAAUUGAUAUGAUUUCUAAGGUAUUAGGAUUCAAGUAUCAAUUUGAGGUCGUGCCGGAUGGCAGAGGUGGUUCACUCGAUAAAAAAACAAACAAGUGGAACGGUGUGGUAAGGCAAUUACUUGAUCGGAAGGCAGAUAUGGGAAUUUGCGAUCUUACAAUAACAUAUGAGCGACGAACCGCAGUCGACUUUACUAACCCGUUUAUGACUCUUGGCGUCAGUAUCUUAUUCGCUAAGCCCAUCAAACAGCCUCCAAAGUUGUUUUCGUUCCUCGAACCCCUUUCGUCAAGCGUUUGGAUUUACAUGGGAGCAGGAUAUCUGGGAGUCUCGAUGUUUCUCUACAUGUUGGCAAGAGCUGCACCAGAUGAUUGGGAAGCUGCUCAUCCAUGCGAAAAAGAUCCCGAAGAAGUCGAAAAUGCGUGGACUUUUCUCAAUUGUACUUGGUUGACUGUUGGCUCAAUAAUGGGACAAGGAUGUGAUAUUCUGCCGAAAGCGAUUUCUACGCGCUUAGUCGCUGGUAUGUGGUGGUUCUUCGCAUUGAUUAUGUUGUCGUCGUACACAGCAAAUUUGGCUGCAUUUUUAACCAAGGAACAAUUGGAUGCUAAAAUUGAAAGUGCCGAAGAUUUAGCGAAACAAAGCAAAAUUAAGUACGGCGUUAUGUCGGGUGGAAGCACCCAAUCAUUUUUUGAAACAUCCAAUUUUUCCCUGUAUCAACGUAUGUGGUCAGCAAUGGAAUCAGCCGAACCAUCGGUCUUUGUGGCAAGCAAUAAAGACGGCGAGGAACGCGUGGCCAAAAGCAAACGCAAGUACGCCUUCCUUAUGGAGUCGUCUUCCAUUGAGUAUAUCGUCGCGAGAAAUUGUAACUUGACACAGAUUGGUGGACUGCUAGACUCCAAGGGAUACGGGAUCGCGAUGCCAGUCAAUUCACCGUACCGUACCCAUGUCAGCCAAAUUGUCUUGAAGAUGGCCGAAGACGGUAAAUUACAAAAACUCAAAACGAAGUGGUGGAAGGAAAUAGAUGCAGGCAAUUGCGAACAAGAAAAGCAAGAUAAAACGGAGGGAGCAUCUAAACUAGGAAUUGGCAAUGUGGGUGGUGUUUUCGUUGUUCUGGCGCUAGGGUGCUCGUGCGCAUCGAUAUUGGGCAUUGUAGAAUUUCUGUGGAACGUCAAAGAUUUGGCUAUCCAAGAAAAGAUUUCUCUGUAUGAUGCACUGAAAAUGGAGCUGCUGUUUGCUCUCAAUUUUACGAUUACAUCGAAGCCGGUGUUCAGUAAUCCGAGCAAAAGUCCCACACCGAGCGAGGACAUUGAAGACUCCCAUCAGUCCACCGAUACAUUGAACACGAUGUCGAAAUUUAAAGGUUGAUUUCCGUUAUUUGUGGAUUGUGAAAUUGUGGUAGUCCCUAAAUAAAGUAAAGUCUUGCAAA